ACUUUUAUUCCCCAAUCAAAAAUUCCUUUGUACAGAAAAAUAUAUUUAUUAGCUUUGCGUGUGACUCUGCGACCUUUCUCUCUCUUUUCAAUAUUUCAACAUGGAUCAUCAAAUCAAGAACACCACACAAUGAAGAACAGCAACAACAAUAACAGUUCAUCAGAUUCGAUUCAGAACCAUCAUCAUCAUCAUCAUCCAUGGAAGCCAAAACCAACCACUCUUUUACUUUUCCUAUCUCUCCUCACCAUCUCUCUCGUUCUUCUCCAUCUCUCUCAAAACAAAAUCAUACUCAUCACUAGCGCAACGACCACCUCCAUCUCCAUACCUUCCGGAGACGACACGUGUCUCGGCCGCUACGUAUACAUCCACAAGCUACCGUCUCGGUUCAAUCUUGAAAUCCUUCAAGAUUGCGAUUCUAUUACAAGACCAAAGGACAAAAUCAGUAUGUGUGAGUUUUUCAAGAACUCAGGAUUCGGAACUCUGAUCGGUUCUGACUACACUCCGAGCUGGUACGCGACUAACCAGUUCAUGCUUGAAGUGAUAUUCCACGAGAAGAUGAAGAGAUACGAGUGCUUGACGAGUAACUCUUCGCUUGCUUCGGCUGUUUAUGUACCUUACUAUGCUGGUCUCGAUUUCCGGCGGAAAUUACGGCGGCGUAACGUAGCUGCGAGAGACGCCGCCGGGAAGGAACUUGUUAAUUGGCUCAAGAAGCAACCUCAGUGGAAAGGUAUGUUAGGUAAAGACCAUUUCCUCGUAACCGGUCGGAUAUCACGAGAUUUUAGACGAAACUCCGACAAGAACUCCGACUGGGGAACCAACUUAAUGCUCUUACCAGAUUCACAAAACCUCACUUUCCUCACCAUUGAACGGAGUCUAACGAGCCACAACGAGUUCGCGAUCCCUUAUCCGACUUACUUUCACCCAACGUCAACCUCCGAGAUCAUACGGUGGCAAGACAAGAUCAAAGUCACUAACCGGACGGUCCUCUUCUCAUUCGCUGGAGCUCAAAGACCGAGCAGAAACCAAAACGGUUUGGUUCGUACUGAAGUCAUAAAACAAUGCAAGAGUUCGUCUAAAACGUGUAGGUUUCUUGACUGUGACGUUAAAGCCAAUAGCUGCAAUGAUCCUAUCACUCUGAUGAAACUUUUCGAAGGCUCGGUGUUUUGCUUACAGCCACCGGGUGAUUCGUUAACCAGAAGAUCGGUGUUUGAUUCGAUUUUGGCUGGUUGUAUUCCGGUUUACUUUAACCAAGGAAGCGCAUACAAGCAAUACGUAUGGCACAUACCUAUGAACAACAGCGAAUAUUCGGUUUAUAUACCGGUUAAGGAGCUGAGAAACGGGGGAAAGAACAAAAUCGAAGAGAUUUUGCGUGGAAUACCAAAUGAGAGAUUGGUUGGUCUGAGAGAAAACGUAAUAAGGUUGAUUCCGAAGAUUGUGUACAGUGAACCAAACCGGAAUAAACCGGGUGGAGAGGUUUUUGAAGAUGCUUUUGAUAUUGCUUUAAAAGGAGUGUUAGAGAGAAUAGAAAGGAUAAGGAGAAGAAAUUUCAAGACUGAUGAUGAUGAGGAACAAAUUUUGUAAUCAGACAUUACAAAUUCAUUUGUUAUUGUAUUCAAUUUUUUUAUCAGUUGUUUACGUAAAAUUAAAUUAGUGUAAUUAAUAACAAAUAAUUUUUUUU